AUGGAACUAAGCAAGGAUCUUGUCGAAAAAUACUUGGAUGAUCAUCAAGAUUUUACAAAGAGCUACUUCGAGCGGAAAGCUACGUCCUCAAUGGUAGACAACUGGAUGAGCAGUAGAUCACACCGGCCUGGAUCUCGAGCCAUGGAGGUCAACCAUGUCAACAGAGACAGCGUCAAGCCCCAAGUUAUGCUUAAAAAGGACAACAAUUUUACCAAUGGCAGGCUGAAUUCCAUUUUCGGUUCAGAGCGCGAUGAGAGGAAAAGGCCUGUGUCGCGAAGACGAAAAUCUAAACUAGGAGAGUUGGACGAGAAAGAAUUGUUCAUGGAAUUAAUCAGAGACAUCGCUAACGAAUUGGACAUAAAUAUGCUGAGCCACAAAAUACUUGUCAACGUCAGUAUAUUGACAAAUGCUGAUCGCUGCUCGCUUUUUCUCGCGCGAGGCUCAAGGGACAAUAAGGUUUUGGUAUCUAAGCUCUUCGAUGUGACUUCCGAAUCCACAGUUGACCAAGCUAUAAGAUCAGAGGAGGACGAAAUUUGUGUACCGUUAGGGGUUGGUAUUGCGGGGCAUGCAGCUGCGACAGGCGAAUCUAUCAACAUCAAAGACGCAUAUUCGGUAGGUAUAAGAAAUAUAUUUAAAUUCUAUCGUCGAAUGAAAAGAUGAUAGUCUUUACAAAGUACAUUGUACACCGAAUAUCAGGAACAGCAAGUCGUCUGUGGACAACUCAUUUGCAUUAUUUUACAUUUUUUUAAAAAAUAAAAUAAAAAAUAGUCUUAAAAGGAAAAGAAAACAGGGGGUGGCUGAAAGGAAAUUAUAGAUUAAUAAUUAUGGAAAUGGAACGCUGGUGGUUUUAUUUUUUUUUAUCGCUGGGUAAACAAAGACAGUAAACUCUUUUAUUCGUUCUGAGCCGAAGACAAAUCCGUCAUGACACUUCAUGUCGGUAGAUGUAUACAGCAUAACAUUUCCUAUUAUUUCCAGUAAAAUAUUUCCCCUGGAAUAUUUUAGAAAUCGAAGGGAUCUAGGCAACUUGGCCAGUCGAGAGAUACGCGCAUUAUCUUUUUCCACCUUUCUCGAAAGAAAACAAAUAAAAGCUUGUUUUGCUCUGUUGAUGACUUUGUCAAGAGCAAAAGCAAAUAAGAAAAACCGCAGACACAAAGAAGCGAAAGAAAUUUUUCAUUCUAUGUUGUUAAUUCCUGUAAAUUAAUUUUGAUGAACAAUUGCAGCUGCCGAAAAGUCCCCCGCGAAUGGUUAAUAUCCUCGUGUUUCUCCUCUUUGAUCCGUUCCUUUGAUUAUUAUUCGUUUUCUGUAUAUAUCUUUUUAUGAUUGUUGUCGGUUAUUCAGGGUGAGAGCACUGUUGUUUGGUAUAAGCCAGCACCGGAUUAAAAACGUUGGAUAGCGCUAUUUACCAGAUAAAUCACUGCCCAGUGGAUAGCUUAGCCUAUUCAUCUUGAGCUUUCCAAUCAAUAGUGAGGCUACAUUAUUCAGUGAUCUGGUGUAACAAUGGAAACUGAAACGCGUGUUGAAUAUACGGAUAAGCCACCACAAUAAGCCGGAUGUGAAAUCGACUAUAGAAAAAGCAGCUUUUUCAGCUAUUUUUCGGCUUUGUCAGACUUCAAGGUUUCCUGCUUAGCCACUGUUAAUAAAAUAGCAUCCGUCCGUUUCGGCAUACGCGCAAUUGUAAGACAGAAAAAUUACAAUUCGCCCCGUGUAAGGGGAGAUAGUCUUGGAUUCUGGAUUCUUCGCCGUAGAUUCUGGAUUUCAGGUACUGGGUUCCACUCUCGUCAGUGGAACUUGAAUUGUGGAUUCCAAUCGUUAGUUGGAUUCCUGAUUCCUCGAGCUGUAUUUUUGAUUCCAAAGCCCAGGAUUCCAGAUUCCACGAGUAAAAAUUUCACGGGUUUUGUAAUUCGGAUUCCUUUACAUAGGGCGAUACAAUUGGAUACACUUUAUUUGUAACAUCCGAAGCGUAAAAGAAAGCAAAAUAGCCAACCUUCUAAAUGAACCAAAACGACCUCUCUUGCCAUAGUUUUUCAAACCAUUCGGACCAGUUGGUGGUUAUAAUUCUGGGAGAAAAUUACAUGCAGUGUAAACCGCCUGGAGCAUUACCUGAACCGCUAUAUUCCUCACUGAAUCAGUGCGACUUUCCAGGAACGUAGGAGUACCAGGCAAAAAACUUUUUGAUCGCUUCAUCUGAGUGCUCAGAGUGCGAUGGUUACCAAAGUCCAAUUAAGGUGAGAAAGAAAUUAAGGACAAGUGCGCCAUGACAAUGACAUGCUAGUCUAAAUGCAAAGGCAAAUAUCGUAGUUUGUAAAUAGAAAUGCUAUAUAAAAAAAAAUUUCAAAACAUGGACAUAUUCCUUGGGAAGCCUUACUGCUAAAUCAAAUAUAAGGGUCUUGAUGCGGGAAGGUGCCUUUUCCUUGGCUUUCUACGCCGGUUAACAGUUAACGUCUACCGACCAGCUGAAAAAGUUCAAAAGUAUCCGUCGGUGUAGGCCUCUAAGGCCCUUUUCAGAAAUGAGACUUUAAAAUUACUGAAACAGCUGCUUCAGCCACGAGACAAGUCGAGUCAUAACAAGUGAUACUACAACCUCGUCCCCAGGGUCUUCUCGUUUUCCAAUAUGGCAGCGGCAGGAGAUAAGACGGCUUCUGCCCCUGCAUAGACAUUGUGGCUUGGAAAUUCUUACUCUUAACGUUUGUACGUUUAACAGUAAAAGUAAAAUGAAUAAAAUAAUUAAAAAUAAUUUAUUUCUACUCCUAAGUGACGGAUUGGAAAAGUGAAGGGGAGGGGGUGGGGAAGCUUUUAAGUUUCAUGUGAAUGUUAAUUUUUUGAUUUAACCUGUAUGCAUGUUUUUUUCCUUAGCUCUUAAUGGAGUUUUUUUUGUUGAGUUUCCUUAUGCUUCUUUCAUUUUUUUCAACGGUCCGUCCUAUGAACCAGCACUGUAAAAAUUGUGGCUUCUUCAAGGUUAACGAUUAUCGUUUGUCUCACGAUAGUCGCGUUGAUAUUGAUCGCGACGUUUCGACCGCACACUGCAGUUCUUCAUCAGGCGAUAGUGUCGAUUUACUGAGUCGAACCAUUUGUACCACCGUGGUUGUUAAUGAUUGGUGUAUCACAAACCUUACUCAGGAUUGGUGGGUUUCGAUCCAAAGCAUUGUUGGCAUUGUGAGAGGAAGACACUGAUCUCUCGGCGGUCCGCUGUGGUAGAGGUCGGCUGUCAUGUUGUCUGAAAUCGACUGUUUCGCUGUCCAGUGACCAGACAAUAGGAAAAUUUGUCGUGCUAGAGUUUCUAUCAAUGAAUAGUUACUGAAUUAGUUUAGCCGCACUUCUUCGCAGCCCUUAUUUCUUAUAAUAAUGCUGUGAUGUCGAGGUGGCCUCUCCUAUAAGCCCGGUGGCUUCUUGAGGUCUCCUCGCCUAACAACUUCCUGUAUCCUUUAAAAUUUGUUCUAACACAAAGGCUAAUAAAUGAUGACGAUGAUAAUGAUGAAAUUUAAAGACUAGAAACUAGGAAAUUAAAACAGGCACGUCUUAAUGUAAUUAUGUAAGUCAACAAAGAAACAAAAUUCUCCAUGAUUCAUUCAGAGCCUUGAAUGCGGCAUGUCAUUUCCGAACCAAUCACUAAACAAUAUAAAUGAAACCAUAAGUCUUUUUCUUUCUCAAACUGAGCACCUGUUAAAUUCACGGUUCGUUGUUGAUUGAUUUUGUUCGAACCUGUCUAAUUAUCAAUCAAAACUGUUCUGAAGAUUUGUGUUCCAAGUCCUAAUAUUUUUAAAAUCCUAAAAAUAGUAUAUGGCUUUCAAAGAGUGAAAAAAGAAUUAAAUGCUGCCUCAAACGACUUUAAACUUUAAACCAGAAUUUUUAGGAGAAAGGUUAAGUGACCUGACAGCUUUUCUCGGUAUUCACACUCAAUUCUGAACGUCAAUCUUAAUCUCUACCCUUCUGAUUUGCAAUUCAAAUUUUUUAUAUAUUAAGUACAGGAGUCUACUGAAGGAUCCAUUUAUGCAUUGAUAUGAAUAACAUUGCCUUGAUACAAGAGAGGAUGAUCGAUGAUCGAAAAGCUGACGUUACGAUAAAAAAUAUAUAUGAAAAACUUGGAUUAUGGAAAGAAACCGUAAUUCAUCUUCCGUUACCAAUGGCCGUAACGAGAAGCAUAUCUUUGGGUCCUCUUCGAAGAGAAAACCACGAAGUUUUUUUGGGUUUGUUCCCCAAGUUUUUUUUUCUCCUUUGGUUUCAUUGUUUAAUUUAACACCACGCGUGAUUUUACAUCAAUAUUCACCAACGUCUUGGACUUGACGACGCUUUCAAGUGUGUGUAUGAAGCUUUUUCAGCAACUCUAGCUACAAGCGAAACGAAGAACGCGAAAAAUGUGAGCCAGUAGCUGACUCAUUCGCCCCAGUCGUCGCUCAUCAUCGAAUGGAAAGAAAACAAAGAGGAAGUAGAGUCGGCGCCCCCUCCCUCCCCCCUCUCCCCUUCCUCCCCCUUCCCAUCUGCCCUCGCGCAUCUCCGACGUACUUCCUUCGUUAAAGAAGAAGAAGAAGAAGAAGAAGAAGGCAACUGUGAAGUAGUCGGAGCGAACACGUGAAAAAGGAAAACAAAGCGCUAGGAAUUCGUAGAGGAACGAAAGCGGGUACCUUUAACGACGAAGCCGGCUUUUUAAAGAAAGUCUAGUGUAUGUGCACAACCGCGGGGACGGAACUGGUCAAAAAAUCAAGAAUAUAGCUGUUUCCUUAGUCUGCAGUCAAUAUCAGGACAAACUGGUUUAUAAUUAGGGUCAAACCUUAGGGUUGACGGACUGAUGUAGCAGGUCCUUUUGAUAGUUUAGAAAUUGUCGGUUAUAUUUUUGAACGUUAGACAUAGGGCGUCGACCAAAAGUCUGUCAGAAUUGGGCAGCCAAACCAAUUGACAAAAUUUAAAGGGAUUUCUUUGGGAGUUUUCAUAAGAAAAGCGGCACUCUGGUGCUGUUUAUAAUGAUAAGAGGACCAGAAUCACGCAGAAUCGCGCUUGAACCGCCAUUUUUUUUUCUUAUUUUUUUCGACCCGAGUCACACAUGGUACUCUUUUUUUUGUCCGUUUUCUGUCUCGGUUAGUCAUUUUUUACUUAACUUUUGGUAAUUUUAUUAAUUCAGUCCUUAAGUUAACAGUUCUGUCCCUAGAAAACCAAAAUCUUACAAGGGUUCUUUCUUUUCUCUUUUAGGAUCCUCGUUUCAAUGCACAGGUUGACAAGGCAACAGGUUAUAAAACGCACAGCAUUCUGUGUAUGCCGAUUAAGAGCCAUGACGGAGAGGUACUAGUGUUUUUAUACUCCUUGUCCUUUAACUCAUCUGCCUGUUUUUAAGAGGCUUUUUGCACUUGUUUUUUCCAGGUUAUAGGUGUAGCUCAGAUUAUUAACAAGAAAUCGGGAGAACAUCAAUUCACCCAAAAAGACGAGGAGGUAUGGUUGUUAUUGUUGUUGUGGUGGUUCGUCUCUUUUGGUAUGUUUUCCCAGUUCCCUUAGCCUGUCCCAGGCUCCGAGAUAGUUUGGCCUGCUGAAUUGAGGGAGCAUGAAGACGAAAGUAAAACGGGAGGAAACUGAGGGGAGAAGAGGCAGCGGAGCCUGUAGUCAUUUCUUUAAACGACCCGUUCUGGUAUACCAGCUCCUGGUAUACCCUCUGAUUGGUCAGAUUCGAUAGAUUAUAUCAACACUCUCAAUGCGGGUCUUUCCUAUCACUCAGAAAGAUGGCAUGCGGCGUCCACGCGCGUGAAAUAGAGAAAUCCACGAUAACUUCUGUGUUGAACGAAUGUUUACGAGAUUUCCCGCACAUAGGAGCCCUGAGGAAGGAACACAAGACCUGCCUUGUGAACUUGGCGCAAGGAAAAAAUGUUUUUACUUUCGCGUCUUCCCCACUAUCUGAGAGCCUGGAACAGGCUACGUACAGUUCCGUGGACAUCGGACAUGUGGACAUUCGCAUCUACAUUGAGCCGCCGUUGGUACACAUAGAUGGUCAGCGUAAUUCCAAUAUGGCGUCCUAUUCAGACGUUCUGCUGUUAAAUACUUACUACUACUGUGAUUUUUGUUGUGUUUUAGCGCAUAAUGCACUUUUUUGCAUCAGACAGUACACAUAGCAAUACAAAACAAUUUCAUAAAAAAAUUACCUUUAAUUGUCUUUUAUGAUACGCCGCAAUCUUUUGAGCCAUGUGGAAAGUUAAUUUUAUUUUUAAAUUUAAGUAAGUUGAAAUAUGAGCUCAAGGGUUGUUGAAUUGUAGGUUUUCAAGAACUAUCUGACGUUUUGUGGAAUUGGAAUAACAAAUGCACAACUAUUUGAAAUCUCAGUGCAAGAGUACAGACGAAAUCAGGUAAGUGGAAUUAAAUACAAGCCUCUGUAGCUCUCUGUCAGGUGGUGCCCGAGGCCAGCUGUACUGUCUAGGGAGUAAAUGUUUUAUUAUGCAACUUUAUUGUAAGUGAAUUUUUUUGCCUAAAUUAGUGAGAGCCACUGUUCAAAGCAUUUUGCCCUCUCUAUUUUAAACUGCCAUGAAACAUAAGAUUACUGUUGCUUGUUAAUUAUUUUAUGAUCAAAUGUAUAAUGAGAAAGCACUGAUCACAAAUUGUAAUAAUUAUUAUUUAAUAAAAAUGAUAGUAAUAAGAUUUGUUCUCACUCUUUAUGGUAAUGAUAGUAAUAAAAAUAAUUAAAAAUUAUUAUUAUUAUUAUUAUUAUUAUUAGUAGUAGUAGUAGUAGUAGUAGUAGUAGUAGUAGUAGUAGUAGUAGUGUUGAUUGUUAAACUUAAAACAGAUCAUUUUUUGCACUUCACAAACACAGAAAUGUUUAAAUUAAAUGUUCUAUAAGGUUGUUUUUUUUUCAUACCUGCAGAUCCUACUUCAACUUGCAAAAGGAAUAUUUGAAGAGCAAAGUAAUCUUGACACAUGUGUUCAUAACAUCAUGGUGGAGGCACAGGAGUUACUUGAUGUUGAACGAUGCAGUGUGUUUCUUAUUGAUGAGUCUUCUGAAACAGUAUGUAUUAAUAUUAAUUUUACAUGUGGGUAAAUGUUUUAUGAUUUAUUUAUCAUGUACACCAACUAAAGUUAAUAAAUGUAUCUGGUUAGCUACCGUAUUUAUUUGAUUAAGCUCCAUAAGCGCAUAAGCAUCCACCUCUAAUGCGCCUACUCUGUAUAGGUAGGUAAAGUUAACAAGUGCUCAGCCUCAAAUAACCUCCCCCCCCCUCCAAAAAAAGAGAAAAGUUCAACUUUACCAUUCUAUGAGAUUAAAAUAGACUAAAUAUAUGUGUACUUCUAAUAGACUUCCCUACAGACUGAGGUGUCUUAGUGCUUUUAAAAAAACUUUCAUGAACUAUUAAUUUUCUUUUUUGGAACAUCUUCGCAUUAUGUUAUCAUUUAUUGUUUUGUUGCAAAAUAAAUGUAGUGCCUGCUGAAAAUGUAAAAAAUUUAAUAACCACCCAGCCUAAAAAAAGUGCCCACUCUCAUGGUCCAAAAAUGUAAUAAGCACCUAGGGUAUCUGACCUUAUGUACCCUGAAAAUACUACCUACAUGUAUCCCAGCUCCCCCAAAGAGGCUUUUUAAGUUUAAGCCCCACCCUUACCCCUCUGGAAAUUUCCUUUUAGCUUAAAAGUUUGGCCCUUAAAAAAACCCAUGGCCCAAAAAAUAUCCAAUAACACUCCAUCUGGUGAGUAUGGAUGAUUCCCGGAAGAUUUUGUUGCACGGCAUAUCCGACACAACUUGGUGCAUACACAAAGAGAGCACAUGGAGGCACCCAGACCUCCUAUAUUUCCUAUUUAUCUUAUAAUUUUUAUAGGAUCCUAUAAAGAGCCUAUAUUUCAAGAAAUCCUCCUAUAUUUUGCAAUAAAUUAUAGGACAUUCUUACAUCUGCAUUUUGCACUGUGAAGCAAUUUUGUUGUGAUUAACAAAAUCAAAAUAUUAAUUCUUUAUCAGUAAAAAAAGUAAUUUUUUAAUUUUGUUAAUUGUCUUUUCUUAUAAAGGGCCUCUAUUUUGGCAGAAAAUUCCUAUAUUUUCCAAUAUCAUUCUAGAACUUGAAAAGCCUAUUUUUCCUAUCAGAUUUUCCUAAAAGUGGCUGGUAUAAAUGCACAUGAAACAAACAUUAAAUAUUAGAACACAGGAAAGGGCUGCAAAAAAAAGCCCCAGCAAUUUUAAGUGGUCACCAAGUGUACAUGUAGGCUGUCUAAUGUUUUGAUAAAUAACUGAGCCAUGUUAAACUUGACAAAUAUGGAUCUUUGCUGUUUAGUGAAAACAGUUAGAACAUUUUGACAAAUGAAAAGAUAAUAAUGACAAUUGCAUAAGUUGACACUUAAACAUACAGGUGUAUUCUGGACUAUACAUUCCCAUUCUAGGCAGUUCCGUGGACUUACCUAUACACUGUAUAUGAGCUUUAUUGAUUUUUUUUUUUACAGCAAGAUGUAGUCUUUUCCAAGGCUUUUGAUUUGCAUUCAGGAGCUGUAGAGGAGACAGGGCCAAAGUAGGUUUGCUGAACAGAAUCUUCAAUACUUAUGAGUACACUCAACUCCCUCGAUAAAGAUGGAUGUUAAAUUUUUGAAAUCUCUUGAGCACUUUGAAUGAUAUUUUAAUAGGCUAAGUAAGCAUCAAUAACUGGGUCGAAAGCAAUGUUUUCCUUUUGGACCUACCAUAGUUUUUUUUCACACAGUUUGUAGAAAUAGUUCUCAAACAAAUGGCAACAUUUGGAAGGCAAACAUUUAAUGAUGGCAGUGCAGUUUUCUGUAUAAGAAUGGCAUUAAAUCUCUCAGCCCUCUAUUUUCAGUGGUAGUUAAUAGUCAAUGGUAUUUCAUUAAAACCUAGUUUAAUGAUAUUGUUGCUUUUUGUCCCCAAUAGGACAAGUAAAACUCACUGGUCAAUGAAUACUGGGAUUGCUGCCUUAGUGGCAUCCUCUGGAAAGGUAAAGCCAAAAGUUUCAUGGCAGAGUUAAAUCAGUUAAUUUCACUAUGUACAGAAACCCCCCAAAGUUAGGCUAAUGCUCACACUUUACUGAAUAGCUUUUGCGCUGCCAUGAAAACCACACCAGAUAGGGUUUCUGUUCACACACAAAUCAGUGAUUUCAGUGUGAUUUCUGUAUAAACAGAGUGAAGCGUGAAGCUGUGCCACGGUCAUCUCAAGAGUGAAGAGUCACAUAUUGCAUAGGUGUUCAUACUCUACUGGAUAGCUAAUUUCCUGUGGGCACCAAAAGCUAUACUGUUCAGUGUGAACUUACUAGAAAAAGUUAAAAUGUCCUUUUCCUUUCUUUUUAUUUUGGUGACUGAUCUAGAAGUGCUGUAAAUAACAUAGAAACUCAGAGUAUGUUUUGUUUUCUAAUUAGGCUGUAAACAUUCCCGAUGCCUAUGCUGAUGGUCGUUUCAAUCCAGAGGUAUGUCAGUUUUAUGGAUUCACGGCUGAGUAUUGUUUUUAAUCCAAGUCCACCCUUGAGGUUGCUUGGCCUUGUGAUUAGGUCCUGUACAUGUUGUAGUCUCACUCAAACCACUAGCUGGAGUUGUGUCUUGGUUAUUGUGGAGUCCAAACUGGUUUGCUUCUUCGGAGCUUUGUUUUUUAGCUAUUAAAAUGUUUAUGUACGCUAAAAACAGGUUUUAAAACAGUUUUAAGACUGUAAUAAUGGAUAACACCCCCCUCCCCUUAUCAACAACUUCUGUUCCUAAUAUUUACUUACUUUCUUUUUUAUUUCUAAAGGCAGAUGUAGAAAGUGAUUUUAAGACCAAAUCUAUUCUUUGUAUGCCAAUAUUUAACACCAAUCAGAAGAUUGUAGGUGAGUUUGUAACUGUGCAAACUUGCACAUUACUGCUUUAACAGCAAAAACUCUAAACUGUAUUCUAGGGUAGCAUUCAAUUACAUGUACUGCAUGCCAGGUUAAUGCUUACUUCCACAUGUGGCUGGUCAGUCAUGUGGUACAAAAAUUCCAUGCUGGAGGGCUUAAUCCUUCCACUACCACUUUUCUUUUUGAGCUAGUUGAAUUACAGCUCAUUAGUUAAGAUAGUUAAAAGUAUGAUUGUUUUUAUUUUUUUAGGUGUGGCACAGUUACUCAACAAGAACAAUGGUAAACCAUUCACUGAGGGUGAUGAGAAUCUAUUUGAGGUAAGUUACAGUGUACAUGCUGUUAUUAAUCCUGCUGAAAACUCAGGCAGGAGAUGAGGGUAUGAGGGGGUCUGCAUUGAAGAGCUGACCAUAAGGUAGGGGAACUUGGGACUUGCUUUGAAAGUCUGACAUUUUGGUGGAUGUACCCUUUCUUAAAGGCCCACACAUUUGAGACUGGUGUCCUAGCAGAUUUAGACCCCACGUCUCCCCUCACCGAGAUUUGGGCCUUUGUACCAAAUUUGCCAGCCGACUGAGAUCUGCAGGACCCCUGAUCCAAGUUUGUUCGUUGAAUUAGAACCCUGCCUCAGGGGACUGUCUGCUCAAUGGAAGAGGUCAGAGAAAGUGGUUGUAGAAUAAUAGUACCAACUCUAACCCCUUCUUUGUUAAAUUUUAAGAAAUAAUUAAUUGUAGCCUGCAAAAUCCUGUCAGAGAGGUUUGUUUUGAUUGGUAGCACCAUGGAAUUUCCUUCACAGAUUUAAAAAUUUGAGCAACGAACAGACUUGCCAUAACAUGGUCUAGGGGUGAAGGGUUGAGGGAGUUGUUCAUCUUAGGGUGCUUUCCAUUUGUCAGAACUGGCCGGCCGAACCAUUGCUGGAACAGUCAGUUGGCAAAUGAGAUCGGCUUUUUCCAAAGGGUUUUUUAGGAAAAGCUAUCUCCUUUGUGCAUAUUAUUUAGGAUUUGACUGAUCUGGCUAGAUAGUUUUGAUUAAAAGUGAAAUUUUCAUUACGAGGGAAAUGGUCUUGCCGGUCAGCUCUGACAAGUGGAAAGUGCCCUUAUAGGCGUGUCCUCUUAUAGGAGAAAGGUUGUUUUUUCAUGGGCACAUACAAGCUGUUGGACUACAAAAUCAUGAACACCUGGCAUAAAGAUUUUCUGCAGUGUUGCUGUGUUGUGAAGAAAUUUCGCUAAAUCUGCUACUGGCUUUGAGAUUGUUGCCAUUUUGGCGAUUUUUCAGUUUCCUUGUGUCAGCCCUUGUUUUCAAUGUUUAUGGUCAGAAAACAAUCUUGAAAUACGUGGUUGUAAUUGACAGGGAUCCAAGGUUUGAGUUUGAGAGUAAAGUUUGUCAAGUGCUAGUUUUUAUAGUAUCACCCUAUUAAUAAAUAAUGUUUACAUUACUGCAUGUUGACAAAUUAGUAGGCAUUCUGUUACGAGUCUCGUAUCUCAACUUGAUCCUUGAUACUCAAUUCCUGUAAGAUUCGAGCAACAUUAUUAGAAUUGAGACUCGUAAGCAGAAACUAAUAAUAUAUAGCUUGUCUAAUAUCUUGGCACUUUAGUAUGCUGUAUUUGUAUCGAGCAAAAUCAAAUCACAAAUUAUGCAGCUUUGAUGGCCAUAAUUUUGUAACUGUAGCAGACUGGUAAUAAUGACUCAUUAUUGUUUCGUUAGGCCUUUGCUAUCUUCUGUGGUCUUGGGAUUCACAAUGUAUCAAUGUAUGAACAAGCUUGCAAGCUGCUGGCCAAGCAAUCUGUUGCCAUGGAGGUAAACUUCCGGUCUAUCACAAACAAGGCUUUGCUCUGAGGAAAAUUUAAGAGAGCCCAGUGCUUUUAACUUGUGAAAUACAGGGCAUCGAGCCUGUGAUUGUAAUCACCCCAGCGAGAAAGCUUAGAUUUCCUAGUCGCCAGAGAGCAAAAGGAAGGCACCAGGGGCCACUAGGUGCUUACAAAAACCUUAAAGAACGUUAGGCCUGUGUUUUAAUGUUUUUCAGUGUUAUUAAGCGAGAGGUCACAAUGUUAGGUAUGUCACGAGCAAUUGAUGUUUUCUGUGCUUAAGGUGACCCGAAACUAUUUAUACAGUAUGCGUGUUGGCCAUGUUUCUGAUGUUUUUAGAAUAGUGUUUCUCAGCGAGGAACGAUUUAACCCGUUUCUAGGAUUUUUGGCAUCCUUAAAAGAACGGUGGAACUUUGAGAAAAUGUUAUUUAUUUUCUUAUAGGUAUAAAAACGUUUGAGAUAUCGGCAUAGAUUUAAAAACCGCAUUUUUCCAAAAAAAAAUGUAUUUUAAAUAACUUUGAAAUCCUACGACAGAUUUUUCCCUAACUUUCGCAGAUAAGCCUCAGAGCUCUCUAGUUAUAUAUCUGCUAGUUUGAAGUCAGUCGUAACCAUGCAUACAACGUCCUUUAGUGCUCCUAAGGAAUAAGUUAAAUGUGAGCCUGGCGUGAUCCGACAAAAGAUUAGGGUUUUCGGGCGACUUGACGGUAAAUCAACAUUAACAGUUUCGCUUGGACUUGUGUUUUAUGUAUCGUCCCUCCUUCUGUUAUUUCUUGCAGGUUUUAUCUUAUCAUGCCUCAGCUCAGCCGGCAGAAGUAGACAAAAUAAUGGUGCGUAUGGCUUAAGCACAUAAACAGUGAGACUUGAGGCGCUUUGACAUGUUUCCUCAACUUUUCUACAUAAUUCCAUCAUUAUUUUGUGAAGGAGAAAGGCCAUAUGACACAUGGUCACUUUUCUAAAUAAAUGCGGAGAAAAUAAUAACUGUUUGCCGACCGACAAGAGCUUAAGUGAAUAAACCCCUCGACCUCCCAACGGCUGGUGAGUUAUGGACACUGCCGCCGGAAAACUGACAAAACGUACAGGGCAAAUUUUCUUAACCUCGUAGCCUGAGCAUCUUAUCCGCCGUGGGAGGGGGGGGUGCUUAUCGGUGCCCUCUCUUCUCCUCUUCCUCUCUCUCGCUUCAGGGAUUGGAAGAAGAAAUCAAUGCCCCUUGGAGUGGGGGUGCAAACUUCUUCGGCCAAGGGCAUAACCGCUUUGCAACUCGUUAUAAAGCUAAGAACAGACUUUUUAUUACUCCCCCCCACCCCACUCGUCCCCCGAUUAACCUCCCAAAUAGAAUUAAGGCCGAUACACACGAGGGGUUUUGCUCCCGGAGCAUGCGCCAGGCUCAUUUUGCACGUGUCAGUACACACGAGGGAGCGUUUUCAAGUUCGCUCAAUUUGCCCCGGGAGCUUGCUCCCAAAUAUUUAACCUGUUAAAUAUCGUGGAGCAUUUUGCGGGGUGGAAAUUCUGCUCCCGAGGAUGAAGUAUACCCAUGAAAUCGUUGGUACACACGGAGGAGCUUUGCGUCCGGAGCUUGCCCCAGGAGCGUGCUCCGGGAGCAAAAUCCUUCGUGUGUAUCGACCUUUUUUAAAGAACACUGCAGCUUAUUAUUUGUGCGUUAUAUUUUAACGUUCGUUGGCACCUUUCCCUAAAAGGACAUUGGCCCAUUAUUUGCUCGCGGUAUUUGUUUUGUUCCAGAAUAUGAAAUUGCACAGUGCACAACACUGGAAGCUCCUCACGUUUGAGUUCGAUGAUUUUGAGCUUACUGAUGAUGAAACCAUUUCCGCGUCAAUACGAAUGUUCCUGGACCUGGACUUUUUGGAUGCUGUGCACACCAAACAAGAGGUAUAUAGACGAUCCCUGGUCUUACCACCACCUUUUUGUUACGAACAAAUAAAUUCGGUUCAAGCGUAAAUUUGCUCAGUCUUUUUGUUAGAUGGUCACAUUGAUAGCUUUUCACUUAGCCCGCUUCAGACUCGCAGGCAGCAGUCGGGACGGGCGAAAAGAAAAGCGAGCGUUAAAAAAAAGGUGGGGGGGGGGGGGGGGGUAAACUGCGCUCGUUUUGUUUUCUGUUUGUUAGUGUUAGCAGCCGUGCCUUUGUCUGGUUAAAGGGGGCGCGAGGAAACUGCUGCUGAAGCAAAAAAGUCUAACACAAUCCACCUGGUUUGUGUUCAUUUACCACAGGUUUUGUGUCGAUGGUUGCUAAGUGUAAAGAAGAAUUACAGGCCUGUUAUCUAUCACAACUGGAGACACGCAUUUAACGUGGCCCAGUGUAUGUUUACAAUGAUAACCGUAAGUCUGUUUUCAUGUUGAGUGAAUAACUAGCUCUUGGUACAAAUAUCUUAGAUUUAUAGCAUUCAGUUGAAGCUUUCGACUUUCGCAGUCUUAAUCACUGACUGUCUUCAGAGUUGUCACGUGACUUAUGUGUAUUUGCACGUGCAGUUAGUUUGCAAUGAAACUGCCUGAAACAGUCGAAAGCUUCGAUGCUUAAAACUUAAGAUAUCUUGUGACGUAAGGAUUAUCAUUCAAUUGUUAAGACGUCAAGGGCAAGAAUGAGCAUUCACAGUAAUUUCCAAGCUGUUUUAUUCAUAAUAGUUUUAUCCGGUUUUACUUGGGAAAAGAUUGCAAGAUUACAAAGGUAAAUACGCGCGGACCGGGAUGUUCCUGAAGUUACUUCAUGUCUUCAUAAUUCAAGGUGGCUGCUCGGCUUCUUCCCUCAAACAAUCCCAUAAAUCAGCGCGCACUUAGUUUGGGUCCCAGGCUAUCACCCUUUUCCGAAGUGAGCUAUAAGGUUACUUUGCAAAUGUGGUAUGAUUAAUGGGUGCCGUCCUUUUUUUAACUAGACCGGAAACAUGAGGCGGUUUUUCUCUGAUCUGGAAGUGUUUGCCUUGAUAGUGGCGUGUUUCUGUCAUGACCUAGAUCACCGGGGCACUAACAACGCUUUUCAAACUAAGUGAGUACGAAUACAAUUACAAUAGUUUGUACCGACGCUUGGUUAAUACAUGAUAUAGAUUGUUUCUGAGCCUACGAUCACUUUAAUACCAUUACUGGUCAGCGAAGAACUUUUUAAAGCACGUAACCUCUCAAUGAGUUGUACACCUGAGCACGCGAUACAGUCAUGUGACGCCGAUCAGCAGUUGCCCACUUUUGACAGCUGUCAUUUGGUCAUAACAUGGAUGUGCAAUAUCAAGUUAGAAACAAUAUGCUAGUAACUGAGACAUUUCACAUCCGCUAACAUGAGUGGACGGACGUACGUACGUGCGGACGCACGAUUUUGUCAGAACCUAAAUUUCUUGGCUGCAUAGAUAAUCAAGUAUUCUUACCCAUGUUUCAGUAUCUCAUGACUGUAUGACGGGCUCACAAGGUGACGUUCUUAAGAUCUCCGCUGGCCAGUUACUGUUUUUUUAACUGAUCGCAGGCUCAGGUCCAUAUUUUCAGGAGGAAUUCAGUUUGCUUCUUGUUUACGCUGAAAGUUGAAUUACUUCAGAACGACAUUUCUUAACAGGGAUCCCACAAGAGCUUCGCUUUUGGCCUUGGAUAAAUCUAUAUAUUAAGUGUCUUAGCUUGUAAUGCUGCCUUUUCCUUAAAUCACGUAAUUUUGGCGGUCCUAACCCUCUCGUAGCCUCGAGAAAAGGAGCACAAAUCUCUUUCUCUCCUGCAGUUAUUCGACUUCGCGUUGUCACAUUUUGAUUACUGUUUCUGAUAAUACUUAUUCAUUUCCACUACUUAAACAAUAUUCAAAGCUAUAAAAUAUUUUCCGUGAGAAUAGCUGUACAUUAAAUGUAUUUCUUUAACCAGGACGGAAUCUCCGCUUGCUCAGUUGUAUGGAACCUCAACCAUGGAGCACCAUCACUUUGAUCAUUGUAUCAUGAUCUUAAAUUCAGAGGUAUCAUAAAUAUCUUUCUUGUUUCUACAAAAAUGUGCGCACAUUUUUUAAGUGUUGCAGUAUAGUAACAAAAACAAAAGUGGUAGGGUUCAUUUAAUGCUAACGUCAUCAGUAGUGCCCCUCUUGAAUCUGUUUGGUUUUGUUUCUAGGGAAACAACAUAUUUGAGCAGUUGUCACCAGAAGAUUAUCGCUCGACAAUCAAGAUUUUAGAACAUGCUAUCUUGUCUACGGACCUUGCUUUAUAUUUCCAGUAAGUUUUAUUUGUUAUAUGGACUUGCAAUGUAGCGAUAAAUAUGCCUUACUACAGUCGAACCAGUUCAAUCGUAUCCCCGAAGAUUCCGUUAAUGAAUCGGUUAUUUGAAACAACCAGUAUCAAAUUCAAAUUUGCAUUCCUGCAUGCUUAAUGAACAGGGAAUUUUUCAUGAUAACUUGUCUGUAUUCGGCCUGAUUGGAAAAUCUUUGGAUUGAGAGAAUUGCUUUUAAGCCAAGUGAUUUGAAUCAAAUUUAAGAAAACUGAGCUGGUAGAAAUUUCAUAACUGCCUUGCGUGUGAUUCACAACUCAUUAUGCAUUCAGGAAUGAAGAGACGAAUCUAAAUCCACAACUAACAACGGAUUCAACUUUUGAAUAAUAAAUUUAAAGGUACGCUUGACCUGGCUUGACUGUAAAGCCUGUGUUGAUUAACCUCUACAGAAAGAGAGGCAACUUUGAGAAAGUAGUUCAUUCAGAAUCAGCUGAUUGGAAAGUGGACGGUAACCGAGAGAUGUUGAGGGCGAUGAUGAUGACAGCGUGUGACGUUGCAGCCAUCACUAAACCGUGGGAGAUUCAACAAAAGGUACGUUCGAUCAAGGAAGCACAUUUGAAAUUUGCUUAAACUUUUUGUCACGUCUUUUGUGUUUCUAUUGUUGAGUAAGCUGUUACUGUACGCUUACCUCUUUCAUCGACUCAUUCAUUCAUUUGCCUUCAAACAGGUGGCUGAACUGGUUGCUAGUGAGUUUUUUGAACAAGGUGACAUGGAAAGGUUUCAACUAAACGCUGAACCUAUUGUAAGUAAAACCGUCUUUGACUUAAUAUACCUUGCCUGUAUUUCUGUAAACAAAGACGCUGCCUUAUUCGAGGUUUGCAUUGAUAAAAUGGAGCGAUUUUGUAUGAAGUUGUCCACCCAUUCCUCGACUUCUCCUUUCCUAUACUACCCCUGGGUCGAGUUGUUCAAAUUUGGGUUAAGAUAACCCAGGGUUAGUGCGAAAUUUGAAUUCAGGUUUGAAAACUUGAAAAGAAAAUUUAGUUUAAUUCUUUUUGUCUACAAUAUGAUGAUUGAAUAAUCUUAAAAAAAUAGAGAAAAUUUUCAGAGAAAAUGCUUUCGAAUAAAAGAAAAAGAAACCCGGAAUAAAAUUAAACCUCAGGUUAGCGUUAAUCACUCUUCGAACAGGUGGGCCCUGGUCUUUCUGCUGAAUAUAGCUUCCGCGGGUUAGAUUCUGAGAAACUGCCUACCUACCCGUCCCCAAAUUAAACCUGACAUUACAACUAUUUAUGUCUUACUUAGGACGAAAUGUUGCGCUAGGGGAGGGGUAGGUGGGUGGGCAGUUUCCGAGAAUCUUAUGGUAAUCUAUUGUUUUUCAGCCAAUGAUGGACCGCAAAAAGAAGGACGACUUACCAAAGAUGCAAGUGGGCUUCAUUGACUUUAUCUGUAUGCCAGUGUACAAAGUAAGUCGUAAAUGAAGUGAUGAAUAUAGAGCGUUUUCACACGACGUCGCGUCUGCCAUAUCGGUGUUCCAAAACAACGAAACGGCGGCCAUAUUGGUGUUCCAAACCAAUCAUCUGAGAGUAGAACAUUUACCAUAUGCAACAUCUUUCUUUUGUGUCAACAAAUUUGGAUGGCUGCUGAUCACGAGAGUGAAAACGUCCUACAUGAAUUUUAUACAUUGGCAUCCGCCGGAAUGAAGACACAAUUGUAAAGAAGGCCAAUACAUGCGAAGUGAUCAGUGAAGUCGUUAAUGCUGGAUUAUUCGCUAUAACCUUGUUGUAUGUUCAAUGGACAAAUUUUGAACCUGUUAAAAUUUGAUUCUCUAAACGUGUUCUUUUACAUUAUCGACAUCUUUUCCUCGCAAGCUUCGAUCAUCUUCACUCAGCCUUGUACAACUGAACAACACGAGUUUCUCUUUCUAAAAUCAGGUCUGGAAUGUUCUAGGAUCACGUGACUCCUCUAUUUUGUUUACUAUUUCAGGUCCAAAAACAGCACAGUAGAAAUGCUCUGAUCCGGGGCCCGGGUCAAAGGUCGAAUUUCACACGUGCCGAACCUACUGCUAAUAGGGAGCUUAAGCAACAACGUUUUUGAGCGACGCACGUCAACCGGAAGUGGCCUUUUUUCAUUUUUUGACAGUGGUUUCGCGCAAAUUUUCAGUCAAAUCGCCUCUAUAACAGUAAAGAAGCUAAGGAAUACAAAUUUUAUAUCAUCAAGGCAUGUUAAGAGGGAAAAUUCCUCACUUCCGGUUGACGUGCGUCGCUCAAAAACGUUGCUGCUUAAGCUCCCUAAUAAGCGGGAACAAUAGACUUUGUUCGUUAGCAUUAGGUUCAGCACAUGUGUGUGAAAUUGGACGUUUGACUCGGUCCUAAGUGUGUGAACCUUGAUUUCUUACGCAGUUAUUCUAUGACUUGGAACCUUGCUUAAAGCCUUUAUACGACGGAUGCGUGGACAAUAGAAACAACUGGCAAGCCCUAGCGGAUAAGGGGAACAAAGAAGGUACAUGAAAUAAGAAUGAGUAAGAAUCCCUCCAGCUGGCAGGGUUCUAACCACCAAAAUGUCAGUAAAAACCCUGGGAGAAAUCUUUAAAAAAUCUUUAAACCUUUUCACUUGGUUCGUUUAUGGAUAAUGGUUUUGGGCGGAAACUAAUUUGCGUUAUUAAUAGGUCAUUUCGGAAAAUACCAUGAUUUAUUCUUUAAAUUGCUGUUUGGGUAUUGCUUCAUGUAAACCUUACUUCUGCUUUAUUAUUUGUUCACGAUUUGGCGUGAAAUGUGUAAAUUUGUGGAAGAUUUGCAAACUCAGAGUGUUAGAAAGGAAAAAGGGGAAUUUGGGCGUGCGAGUAAAUAAAGAACCCGCGAGGAAGCCCAGCGCGUCCUGUCGCGCAGUAAAUUUCUCCUUUUCCUUCCCCUACAACCUAGCCUGCGUGGCGGGCGUUUGCAGGGGAAGGAAAAGGAGAAAUCAGGCACGCGAGCACGUAAAGGAGCCUCGUGGGCUUCCUCGCGCGUCCUUUGUGUACUCGCACGCCUUUGAAAAUCCCCCGUUUCUUAGAUCUUCCUCUUUCUACAUCCAAACCUCUCUGGUGAUUGACAUGUCGCAUAGAAGGACACUUACAGCGCUCAUUACAGUUACCUUUUGUCAAAACUGGCAAAGAAAAUUACACUUUUCAUCAGGUUUGUUUUGUCCCCCUAGAUCAGUCUCGAUUCCUAAAUAUUAUGCACGACUGUUGUGGAUUUUAUGCCAGAACUCCCCCCCAAAAAUCUUGGUCACUUUCAAAAGUUCUGCCUUCUGGUAAGCGCCGUUAGUCGUGGUCACAGCGACUUAGAACCACCGCAUUUUUUUACCUCCCUUAAGAGCACAUAUCCGAAACGAAUACCUUUUCCGGCCUCAAAGGUGUUUGCUGACGGAAUCUUCGUUUGCAUUUCGUAAACUAUAAUGAAGUAUAAAGGGUUUCGUUUAUCGUUUGUCUCACGACUGUGUCUUAGAUAUUGAUCGCGACGUUUCGACCGCGCACUUCAGCAGGUCUUCAUCAGGCGAUAGAGUCGAUUUACUGAGUAGGAGUACAUUUUUUGUGUGCUACCAUGGUUGUUAGUGACUGGUGAAUCACGAACUCGGCUUGCUCAUGAUUGGUGGGUUUCGCCGUCCCAAAGCAUUGUUGGCAUUAUCAGGCGAGGAAAAAUGUUCCCUCAGCGGGCCGCUGUGGCAGCGAUCGGCUGCUGUGUUGUCUGAUCGUAGGCAUCCACGCAGACCUGAAAACCAGCGGUACGCGAUCGAAACGUCGCGAUCAGUACCUGUGUGACAAUCGUGAGACAAAGGAUAAAAAAACCCUUUAUGCACAUUAACCACGAUAAACAAUAUCUUUCAAGACGCAAACUAUGAUCUUUGAAUUUAAGAAUCAGCUGAUUAUUUUUAGUUUAAAAGAAAGGCCCGAAAGGUUAUUAACUCAUGAAAUCUCUCACUAAAAGUAAAACCCAUAUUGCCCCUCUUUCAACCUUCAGCGACGGCGGGAGAAAGUCCUAGAGAAGGCAAAAAAGAAGAGAAUAACAACAAGAAGAACUCAGCUACCAAAGAAGGGCAUAAAACGGUAAUGGAAACGUCUAAUACAAGAGAUUUCCCCGAAAAAGAGAACAAAAACAAAGAAACCAAAAAAUCUAAGACGUGUAAUAUCUUGUAA